AUGGCCGCACCAGAUACCUCCAACAUCUUGGAAGUAAUCACCAACUUCGUUGACACCUUCCUCCAGCAAGACUCCUGCUUUCCGCAGCUGGCGGACACGCUGAAGCUGUCGCAAGGCGUCUCAAUAUCGGGCCUUCAAGAUGUCGACUACCCGAAUCUGGAAGAGUUUGGGAACUCCCUUAAAACUCUAUCACAGUUCGUUGGUCUCAAAAAUAUUCCUCUACCAAAGAUGCUUAUUGAUCAAUUUGGACAAAUGGUUCAACGUUGUGAGAUGGGCAUAUUCACCGAAAUUGGCCGAGCAUGGCUUGCCAUUGACACCAACAUUUAUUUGUGGAAGUACGACACGGGGACAGAUGUAGCGUACUACGAUGCAUUAUCUCGUCUGAUCACCAACGUUGGUUUUGUCAAGCCUAGAGAAGGUGUUUUCAAGUCACACAUCAAAUACAUCUUGGUUUUAGUGACGUUUGACGAGAUCACUUUACUAGGAAUCACAUUUAGCGAUAUCGACAAUGCCGACGAUAUGGGCGAUCUUCUCGUCAUUCCUGAGCCAAUCUUUACAAUUCCAACUGAUAACAUUGAGAUUAAAGUCAUCAAAGGCACCGAGGACGGAAGAAUAUUUCUCGGUGGAAGCGAUGGCUGUCUUUAUGAGAUCACUUACCAGGCUGAUAACGGCUGGUUCGGAAGAAAGUGCCGAAAGAUCAAUCACUCCACUAGCGCAUUUUCAUUUUUAGUUCCGAAAAUUCUCAAGACUUAUAAUACUUCUGUCAUUGUUCAAAUUGAAGUGGACAAAACACGAAAUGUUCUUUUCACCUUAAGCGAAGAAGGCGAUAUUGAAGUUUUCGAUCUAGGAACUGAUGGCAAAUCGGCCUCUCGCGUAUUCUACAAAAGUGUCAGCUCCAUAGCGAAGGAAGCGCAGUCAGUUGCGCGUACCAUUGACGAGGUGAACUUCAAGAAGAUUGUCUCAAUCAAUGCCAUUGAAGAGUCUGAGUCAAUUCACAUCAACCUGGUGGCGGUCACGCAAACCGGUGUACGGCUCUACUUUACAACCACGGCCCUAAAUUCACCCGAGAUGCGUCCCUUUUCACUGACACUGAUGCACAUCAGACUGCCGCCUGGAUUCGCCGCAUCCUCACUCUCCCAUCGACCUAGUUCAGUUCACAUGUCCUACUACAAGCGGGGAAAUUUCAUCUUCAUCUCAUCCUUUGAUAACAAAGACACCCUCUGGGCGCUCAGCAACGAUACCUUCGCCUUCAACACCGAGCUGAGCGAGCUUUUCUCCAUCAUUCCACUGAACAAUAAGAUCUGGUCAAUGGCAGAAGAGGCCAAGGUGGUCGAAUUUAAGCCAUAUCAAUGUGUGUUUGUUAAGAACAAAACUUUUGCUCUGGAGGCGCCGUCGACUGUCACGCAGCACAUUGAAGCGCCGAAAAAGUUUGUCUUUCUCACCACACAGGGCGUCAUUGUUGGCUACAAGCCUCGCAUUGUCGACCAGCUAAAGCAACUUCUAAUGGAGAACCAGGGCUAUGAUAAUGAAGCUGUAAAGUCCUUCUUCCUGCUGCACAGCUCACCACAGACCAAUGCCUGUGCUGUUGCGCUGAUCAUUGCCUGCGACUCGCAUCCCCCAGGCGAAGAAAGGCUGAUUGAGUGGGCCACAUCGGCGUUCUUCCACUAUGGAAGCGAUCCAAUUGUUCCCUCGGCGGCGUACAAUCAACAUAUUCAGGCGCUUCAAGCAAACAAACCAGUUGUCUCCACGCCAAACUCGAACCCAACUUCGCCGGGUGGUGAUGGUAGCAACUUUAUGCUGUCUCCCGGAAUGAGCAUUCCACGCUCGACGGACACAUCCUUCGCACUCAGUCCCAUCAGGCAGCAGUAUGUCCAGAAUAUGUCGCCGCAGACAACGCCUCAAAUGCAGGCUCAGAAUCCAAACUUCAUUGUCCACCCUAAUGUACAGUUGCCGAGCUAUUCGCUCAAAUGCCGUGGUUUGUUUAUCUACUUUUCGCGCAUCAUUCGGCCCAUCUGGAAGUUGAAAACCGUGAGCAUCAAAGUUACCGUUUCACCGGAAGGUGCAACCAAAGAGCACCUGGCAAGUAAUAUCUCCAUUGAUGAGAUCAAAGUCUACCUCCUUCGCCUUUCAUCACUGUGCAACUUUCUGCGGAGCAAUAUGAAGUUUUCUCAGCCCGAGUCGGACAAGUACCACACCAACCUGACGCGCUCUCCCUUUGUUUUUGGCGACAUUCAGGCCACUGAACGGCAGUUGAUUUUUGGCUUGUUCAAUCUGAUACAGCACUGCGUGGAGGUGCUCAAUCUCUGGAAGCUGCUCUGCGUGCAUCAGUUUCACGUUAUCGUCUCGACGCUGCUCAAGGAUAAGCAGACCCAGCUGUCGAACAUGACCUUCCAGGAGUUGAUUGUCUUUGGAAGUGAGAUGACGACCAUUCUUGCCAGUGCUCUGGUGCGUCGCUUCAUCGAGGACAACUCUACCACCGAUAUCAUCAACAAACGGCUGCAGGACCUGUGUCCGUCGAUUUACAAAAAUGAAAACGCUCUCCACGCCAAGGCCCAUGAGAUGGUGAUUAAGGCAAGGUCGCUGACUAAUGAAAACGACCGAAAGGUGCUCCUGGAGAAUGCACUAGAGCUGUGCAAGAAGAUUGGCGCUCGAAUCAACCUGGCGGCCAUUUGCGAGCUCUUCCAGACCGUUCACUGGUACGAGGCCAUCGUCGACAUCUGCCUGACCACUGCCCAGAACUGUGAUCCACAAAAUAUUGCCCUUCACUACUACAAGAACAAGGAGCACAUGGACGACCAGCAGGGCAAGAUGGCGUUCAACGCUCGUCUGGAGUGCUUCAACCUGCUGCUGGAAAUUUACGGCCGCCUGUGCCAGCAGAGUAAGGCAGUGCUCAGCCCUCGAACGCCUGACCCUUCGCAAAGCUUCCUGACGCCGGACGCGGCCAAGGCGCACGCCAACACCAUUCUCCGUCUGGCCACGCAGUCCAGUGAUGAACUGUUUCACUAUACACUGUACAACUGGCUCUAUGAACACGGGCAGAAUGACAAGCUGCUGGAGAUUAAGUCUUCCUAUCUGGAGAACUUCCUCAAGGAGAAGACCACCGAGCUGCAGGAUUCAAUUGCCCUGAUGGACUUUCUGUGGAUGUUCUACGAGCGCAACGGGCACUUCAACGCGGCGGCGCAAAUCUUGUCCAAGCUGGCCGACCAGCAGAGCACUGACAUCAGUCUGGUCAAGCGGAUUGAGUACCUCUCGCGAGCCAUUGUUUGCAUGAAGAGCCUGGACACUCGGCUGAUGGGCGCCUCCUUUGGAAAGCUCAACUCUGCCGGCGAGUUUCUGCACAUUCUCGAGGAGAAGAUGGAAGUGGCGCGCAUUCAGAUGCAGCUGCUGGACAGCAUUGAGAAGCUUCCACAGCCGCAGCACUACGAGGACGCCAUUAGAGUGCUCAACUCAAGUUUGCAUAAUGUGACUACGCUGUACAAGGACUUUGCCGAGCCGUUUCAGCUGUUCGAGUGCCAGCUCAAAAUUUUGCAUUGCGCUGGCCAUGAAGAUUUGAAUCUAAUUGAGAAUAUCUGGCGAAACAUCAUUGACAAGGAGCUGAUGCUGGUGGCGAACAAGGAGCCUGAAACGCAGAAGAACCUGCUGAAGAAUAAGAUUCGAGAACUGGGUAGUCUGUACCUUAAUACGGACAAAUACUUUCCUAUCGAAUUGAUCAUCAACAUCCUGGAAACGGCCACUCAGUCCAGCUCUUUUGAGCCGUAUUGGCUGGCAGAAACACUGCUUGAGCUAAACAUGCGACUAGUUGAGCUCUUUGAGAUUUACCACAAAAUCUACAAGGCGCGCGUCUAUGGAGCAACACUUGACCCGAUUCAUCUACUGCAAAUCCUCAUCUAUCUCAUCAAUCAACUUGGACACUGCCACAUGAGCUCAUCUGAACGAGACUACUUCAUGUCCAAAUCACUGGACGUUAUUUCUGGGUACCUUAUAGAUUGUAAAACAUUUGACAUCAAUGACCCUCGCGUGAAGACCAUCAACUCUGAACUAAACAAAACCCGAUUGUUUUUGGAGCGCUCGACAAAAUCAAUGUACUAA